CCCCUCCUAUAAUUUUUGACGUCCCAUAAUUCAGUGCGCUCAUAAAGCCUUUCGAGAGGACGUUACGUUAAGGGCACAGCGAGAGACCAAUUAUUGACUGAAGAUGGCAGAUGUUAUUGAAGACAAGAUCAAGAACUACAGAACGGCUCCCUUCGAUGCCCGUUUCCCAAACACUAACCAGACAAGAAACUGUUUCCAGAAUUACCUCGACUUCCACAGGUGUAACAAGGUUUUGUCAAGCAAAGGGCAGGACAGUUCUCCCUGUGAAUGGUAUCAGAAAGUCUACAAGAGCCUGUGUCCAAUGAGCUGGGUGGAGAAAUGGGAUGGACAGAUUGAGGAUGGAAGCUUCCCUGGAAAGAUCUAAAUGAUCGAUGUUACUUUUAAUUCAUCAGCUCCCAACCUUUUGUGGAGUACCUCAGCAUAUGUUAUCCCAAUAUGAUGUUGUCUUAGUUAUUGGUUUGCCUGCUAAAGGAUGAAAGGUCAAGAGUGGGCUUUGGAAUCGCAUGACCUUGUGAUCUUCAAUAUGUUGAAGUCCCGCAUUAGCAUGUUGCUUUUUCACUCUACAUCCUAGUGUUGCUAUCUACAAAAUAAAAGCACACAAUAAUGGU